AUUAAAGGGCAACACGAUGGGGUCCUUUUUAGCUAGUGCGAGAGCUAACAUGGCUAUCAAGCGUAACAAACCUGAAGUCAUUUAAGAAUAAAUUCCUUUUAUCAAAUCGAACAUAUGAUCACGGACGUGGUUUUUUGUAUGUCAAAUCUCCUCCCUUAAUUAACCAAGUAUUCUCUACGAUAUCCUUUUUUAAACCGUUCAGUGAGUUCAAUUGUCGCUGUGUUGAUGUCGAUUCGAACAUGAAUGUCUAUCCUCCAGUAACUGACGCGGAUUCUACAAAACAGCAAGAACGGCAUUACUACCUGUUGUCAGAGCUCCAAGCGUUAGCAAAAGAUUUACCGAGCUCCUUCCAGCAACGCCUGUCCUACAAUACACUUGGCGACCUGGCUCUGGCCCUCAUAGAUGGAACAGUUUAUGAAAUUGUGCAGGGGCUUUUGGAUAUUCAGCACCUGACAGAGAAAAAUCUUUACAGCCAGAGGCAAAAGUUGCACUGUGAACACCAAGCCCUAAAGCAAGAUAUCGCAAGGAAGCACAAAGAAGCCCUGCUGUCAUGCAAGUCUCACAACCUGGCACUCCUCAAAUCAAAUCAGCAAGCUGAACAAGAGGCCCUGGAAAUUCGUGUUCGAGAGGAACAAAGAAUGAUGGAUAAGAAGAUUGUGUCUGAGAUUGAUCAAAAAGUUACAGACCAACAGAACACUCUGGAAAAGGCUGGAGUUCCAGGGUUUUAUAUCACCGCCAAUCCUCAGGAGCUGACAAUGCAGAUGAACUUACUGGAGUUGAUACUGAAGCUUCAACAGAAAGAAUCCCAGUCUGGAUUUCUAUGACAGUGCCAUCAGAUGUAAUAUACACACAAAAAAGUCACCUCUGCAAAAUACAAAAAAAAAAAAAAGGAAUUCUUUAAAAAUA